AUUGUUUUCGCACACACACACACUGCCACAACCGACUGCACCACUUGCUCAGCAGCAGCAUUCAUUCGCAUCCACCGCACUACUUGCUUGCCUCCGUUUGUUGCCUGGCGUGGCUGGUGUGGAGCAAGCUCCUGGUGUUGGCUGAACACGCACAAGCACAACAACCCGCACACCUCAUCUCACCUACGGCAGAUGCGCUUGCGACCCCAAACGAUGACAAUGGUGAAGCGCUUGGCCGCCGUUGCCGUGCUGGCACUUGGCAUGAUUGCCAUGCAAGCAUCGGUGACUACCGCCUCCUCAAACAAGGAUGAAUCCACGUGGUCGUCCCUCCAACACAACGUUCUCUCUUACCUCAUCCUCAUCAUCCCGGCGGGUCUCUUUGUGCGCUACGUCAAGCAACAUCCAGGGCACGGCACGUUCUUUGAUUGCGUCGCAUUCACAAUGGAGCACCCCGACUUUAUGAUGCAAGCCAUCAUCCUCUCCAUCACCUCUGCUACAGGCCAGAUGUUCAUCUUCUACACCCUCGCCACUUAUGGCGCUCUUGUCUUUGCCAUCAUCAUGACGCGCCAAGUCAUUUCCAUCUUUGUGUCCGCCGUUGUCUUCGGCCACGUGUUUGCUCCCCAGGGCUGGCUCGGCAUUGCGGUUGUGUUUGUUGCGCUGUUCUCGCGCAUCUACCUGCGCACGUCCAACCGUGGAAAGAAGUGA